UGCAAAUUACCGCCCUCUAUCUCUCUCUCUCUCUCUCGAAAAGCUCCUGAAAUCUCUACCAUGUCUGACUAUCUUCCUAUCGAAGUGACCACCGAGAUCCUCAAAAGGCUUCCAGUGAAGUCCCUCCUUCGUUUCAGGUGCGUUUCCAAAACAUGGAUGUCUCUCAUCACAACCCCUGAUUUCAUCACCAAACACCUCAUCACUCAAACAACCUCUACUCCUCACAAUCACACACUCGUUAGACACUACUCUAAGCUUCACAGAAAGGAGAUCUACUCUGUUCACUCCGAUAAUCAAUCAUUCGAUGAUUUAAACGCCCAAAUCGAAUUCCCUUUUCUUGGACACUCCAGAUUUUACUUCAGGGUUGUGGGUUUUGUUAACGGGCUCUUGUGUUUGUCUGAUGAUCUGUUUGGCUACACUGAUACCAUUGUUCUUUGGAACCCUUCGAUUCGGAGGUCAUUGACUCUUCCAAUUCCUCGAUUUACGUUUGCUUGUAGUGGACCCUUUAUGUUUGUUCUUGGUUUUGGGUUUGAUUCUAAGACUAAUGAUCAUAAGGUUGUUAGGGUUGCUUAUGCUCAAGGGGAUGAUGGGUAUAUAGUUCCUCCUGAGGUUGAAGUUUUCACAAUUCGAUCGGGUUGUUGGAGAGAUGUGAAGACCACUGUUCCAUAUUGUGUCACUGAAAAUUUCUGGACACAAGCUUUUCUCAAUGGGUCGGUCCAUUGGGUAGCUUACAAGUUGACUGUGAAAAAUAGGGAUAGAAGUUUUCGGAGUUUGAUUAUGUCUUUUGAUAUGGGUAGUGAGGAAUUUGGUGAUUUGAGAAUUCCUGAAAGUUUGGUGUCUAUGUCUCCGAUGAACAUGUCUGCUGCUGUAUUUGGGAAUUCUCUUUCGAUCUUUCACUAUGAUAAGCGGAUAUGGACUAGUAAUUGCUCCAUUUGGGUUAUGAAAGAAUAUGGUGUUGCGGAGUCUUGGAGUAAUUUGUUUAAUAUUGACUUGGAGGGAGGGUUAGGGAUGGUAUUGGGUUGUCGGAGAAAUGGUGAUGUACUCUUGGCGGCUAAAGGUGGAGAACUAGUUUCGUAUAAUUGUGGGACUAAAGCAAGUACGAAUAUUGGGAUGAUGUGUGGCACAAAAGACUCAUAUUAUGUCGAUAGCUAUAUGGAGAGCCUUGUUUUACUGAUUGAAGGAAACGAAGUGGUAGGCAGGAAAGCAAGGGAUGCGAUGUCAUCAUCGGAAGAUGGGUAUCCGGGGGACGAGGAUGAAGGCGAGGAUGAUGAAGUUGAAAACACUGAGCUUUGGAUGCAGUCAGUUAUUGUUCAAUUUACUUCUGCUUUACUUAAUGAACUUUAAUGCAUAAACUUGUUAAUGCAUUAUGAAUGUCAAACUUGCUUUGCUGAUAGGUAUAUUUUCCUUUUCUUAAAGGUCAUCUGUGAUUUGUAUGUGAAAUAUAAUAUAGUUUGAUCUGCAUUGCAAAGUAUGCUUCUUCUUCUUUUUUAACAUUCAUAAAUGAAUUUCUAUGGUUAUAUGCUAUUUUAAUGUC